GUGGUGACACUUGACAUUUUUAAACUUAAAUUAAAGUCUUCAAUUCCAUAUUGGGCUAUUGUGUGUUUAUUAUGUAGUAGUGGUCUUUACAGUUUUAAGCUUUAAAAUUUAAGCUAUGCUGUGUUCAUACAGUAAUAUAAUUUAAUCGUCUACAGCUAUUAAGUAUAAGAUAAAUACAUACUAAAAUACAAAACGGUAAAUUGAGUGAAGGACAAAGUUGGCGUUGCCGUAGGCGUAGUGUUGAGAUAUGAAUUCUGGCACGAAGAAAAUGGAUUUAAAUCCCACAGGUUUGUGGGUGACCUUUUUUACAGCUGCAGGUAUUCCAUCUGAGGUAGCAGCAACAUAUGCCCUAACAUUUACUGAAAACAGAAUUCAGAAUGAUAUGUUGUUAGAUUUAAACAAAGAGUACCUCAGGGACAUGGGCAUUGUAAGAAUGGGAGAUAUUAUUGCCAUAUUGAGGCAUGCCAAGCAAGUACAUGAAAAUACAGCUAGGGAUAAAGUGCUAAGCACAACAAAUGUUGCAAACAAAGUCCCCGUAGCUACUGUUGCAGGCCGGUCUACUGUAUCACAGCCAUCAUCACCAACCCGAAUGCUGGAGCACUAUACACGUAAUUGUGACCCUGCACCCAUUGCAGUUGUGCAAAACAAAAGAAAGUCAGAUGAGUUUGCACCGCAAGAAUCGGCCGUAAACAAUAAAAAAGCUAGGCUUAUAAGGUUUGCUAACCCUCCUAAAGCCCUAGCUACAUUGCCUAUUAAACUAGUUUUAGCAUCUCCAAGUAAAACAGUGUUUGCUCGACUCGGUUCAUCAGAUCCUAAACCCGAACAAACACAAAAGGAAACAAAACAAGUGUUUGCUCGUCUCGGUUCCAAAAAUGCAAUUACCGAACCGAUACCCAAAGAUGCAUUAAAAUAUGAAGGAAUAUUAAAAAGCCCACCAGUAGCAAAGCGUACCUUUACAGUUACAACAAACAAGAAUAAUACAAGAACUUGUGUGGGAACAAUGAGGGCCGAUGAGACACCUGUCAGUGCUAAGGAAAAAUUGACAUUGUCCGGAGCUAAGUCAGUUAAAUUCUCAAACCGUGUAGAAUAUAAAGAAAUAGAAAAUGUGCAAAAGCCUCCGGUUAAAUUUACUUCAGUUUUUAAUAAACCGGAGAGACGGUUAUCCAUGCCCGUCACAAAUACUGUCAAGGCCAGGCUCGGUGUUAAAAAGGAUAAGAUUACAAAUAGUUUGUUUAAUAGGUUAGGUGCUGGAUUUAUUUAAAAAAGUGCUUCAUUCUGAUAUUUUUUUAUCUAAUCCUAAGUCAGAAAAAUUUAAUGUUUUCUUUAAUAUACCGCAAUAAAUUCGUUUCUAUGAAAGGAAGUGUAUAAACGCGGAUUUCUUUCUUAUAAUUUAUGUGAGGCAUUUAAUACUUAUCUUUAUACUAUUUCAAGUUAUUUCACUUUAAUUAUUUGAAGCUCAAAAAGCAGUUAUUAAAACAUCUGACUUAUGUCAGAGUAAUUAAAUUAUACAAUACUGUUGAAAAUACUUUUUGUUGGUUUUGUACUUGAUGUAUUACUAGAACAAAUAUUUAUUCUAAUGUUGCUUGGUUUCUGUAUAUUAAAAUUGUGUGUUUUUCAUUGCUUUGAUUGUAAAAAAAAUCUGUGUAGACCAUGUGUUGCCGUACCAUAAAAUUUUUGUUUCAUAUUUUUACAAAAUCAUUGGUAGUUAUAUAAUUUAACCUGAUUUUUAAAUAAUAACAAAAGAUCUUAAGUAUAUGUUUCUUUAUAAUUAAAAUAACUUAUGUUGACUGGUAGCUUUUCGGCCUUUAAAUCGCCUUCUGGCAUUAAAAAUAUUUAUGUAAAUAUUAUAUACAUAUAUAGACCAUGCCUGAUUUCCGUAUCAAAAUAGGAGAAGAAAUUGGUUCGAGUUGUAUAUUUUCCACAAGAGUAUUGGCUUUCAUUAGCAAGAGGUCUCUCUAUUUUUUAAAUUUUAACAGCAACUAAAUAUAGAAAUAAAUGCCAUUGGACAGUAAUUUUAAAUUAAAUGGUGCAUAACUGCCUUUUUUUAUUUAAGUUAUAUAAUGUAAAUAAAUUAAUAUUGGUUGAUAACAAUCAUAUAACAUUUUCACCUCAGCGUAAAUAACAUUUACCAGUAAGGGGGCACAAAAGUACUUUAUAUCUGAGAACAACCACCAUCCUUUAUAGGUAUGAGAAUAAUGAGGAAAUACAUAAAUAUCAUGUUAAAAGUAUACUCAGGAUCAACUAAUAGCUAUCACAAUGUUAACAGUUUUGAUUGCUAAUAAUCUAGAUUAGAAUUAAAAAUAUGACAAAAAUAGUCAAUAUAUGUUGAGUGUGCCUCGAAUUUUCUUCUUAUUCUAAUGUUUUCUCAUUAAUAUGUAAAUAGUUUGUUAAUUAAAGUGCUAUAAAAUAAAAU